GUGUGUGUAUUCGAAUAUAUUUGAAUAUGUUUCGAAUAGAAUAUCAUAGUAUUUGUAUUCGUAUUCAAAAACUAUUCGAAUCAAGAAACAGAUUUGUAUUUGUAUCCGUAUUCUAUUUACUCGAAUUCGAAUACACAUUUUCGAAUUCGAAUCGCGAAUCGAAUCAAAAUUAUUCGAUUCUUUUACCACCCUACCGCCAGCGGGCAUCACUUAUCCCGCCGGAGACGCACGCUAACUCCCUCAGCCGGACAUCUCCAACUCGCCAUGUGCUCGCCGACUCGCCGGAGACGCACGCUAACUCCCUCAGCCAGACAUCUCCAACUCGCUGGAGACGCACGCUAACUCCCUAAGUCGCUUGGCGUCUGCUCCUGCUCCGCUGCCUCUCUGCGGACGUCUGCUCCAAUUCGUCUGCGGACUGCGCAACUCUCUGCCUCUCUUGGACCCUAGAAGCCGGCUGCUUCUGCUUCUCCUCUCUUCAAGCUUACUGCUUCAAGCCAAGGUAAGGGUUUCUUUCUUUUCUUUUUUUUUUUUUUUACAAUUUUUGGAUUAAUUAAGUAUUUUAUUUGUUAAAUUAGAUUGUAUUAGUGACUUAGUGUGUCACAAUUGAUUUGUGUAAUUGUGUGCUUUGAAUUGUGAAAUAGAAAAAUAGGAAUGUCAAGUUAUUUGUGAAUUUUUUGAAAUAUUAGGAUGUAUUAUAUGAAUUAAAGUAAAAUAUUGAUUGGUUUUUUUAUUUUAUUGGUAAUUGUAGUAGGUAUGAGUGUAUGACUACUCAAUCUACUUCCAAAAAGGCAAAAAUCACAUUGCGUUAUUUUUAUAAGUCUAGUACAAGCGCACAAUGUAGACAAGAGUUAAAUGUCUCAAUUGAAACUCCUAAUAUCUCAUCCGCUCAAGUGGAAGUAGUUUGGGAUGCCAACAAAAACGACGUUGAAUCUGUCAUAGAUCAGUUUGCUAAGGUCAAAGAGCGUCAUGUUCAGUUAAGUUUUAGUUUCAAACAUUGUAUCUAUUGUUUAAAAAUAUUAUUAUGAAUUUUAAUGGAUUUUAAUCAUUAUGUUCACACUAUUAUCGUUUUUAAAAUUUUUAUACUACGUAAUAUCAGAGGUGGAGACAGGGAGGGGCUAAAAGAAGCCUCAGCCCCUGCAAGAAAAAAUUCUUAAUGUACAUAGUGUUGUAUAUAAAUAUUUUUAAUCUAUAGAAAAUUUGUUGAAAUUUUAAACUCUGGCCCCUUCAAUGUAAAAUUUUUAAAACCCGGCCCCCUUAAUCAUAGAUUUCUGGCUCCUUCACUGCUACAAAAAAUGUUUUUAGUGUAUAGUCGGCCCAGGGUAAACAUCCGUCCUGGCUACGCCCUUGUACUCCCCAAAAAUAUAUCAUAAGCAUAUACAGUAGUUCUUAUAUUGAGAGUAAGAAUAUUGUGAUAAUCCAUCAGAAACUCCAUCUUACUUGAUCAAAAACUCAUAAAGUAUGGCGUGCAGUGUGCUGGUACAUACCUGGCGAUUUUCCCUGUAAUAAAAUCUGUUUUCUGCAAAGGAAAAAAGCUGGAUUAGGCUUUUUUUCCCUCUCACGUUUCAUAAUGGCAGUUCAGCAUAUUUGACUACCUUUUAUUCAUAUGCCUUAGCAUGUUCUUGUCGUGAAUUAUACUUGACUUCAUUAUGUUAGCUUGUUAGUCUACUUUUUCCUGUAAAAGAGCUGAUAAUUUUUUUAGCAUUAUUGGGACAAGUGGCGAUAUACAGUUAAGGAAAUUAGUACUAUUAAGAGGAUGAUAAUUUCUCAGUAUGACAGUACGCUCUUAUGCAAGCAUAUAACUCAGAAUCGUUAUUAUCUUUAUUGUCCAAAUAUGCUAAGGGGCUGCUUACUAUUUUUUUCAUUAAGUCUUGUCUGGAUAAAGAGUGUUGGUUUACCAAUCAAGAAAUUACCAAAAAAAUGAAGAAAAUCUGCACCAGAAAUGCAAAAAAUACAUUUGAAGAAGCAACCAAAUGAGAUACUCGUAUAGCAAUUGCUCCUCCUUUAUCAUUCAAGACAAGUUUAAGAAGCACCCAAAAUAUCAUGCAACUAUUAAAGAAACUCGGUCAGGGAAGACUAUUCAUUUUGUGGUAUAGCAUGGAUGCCAUGAUGUCUCACUUCCAAGAAAAGUUGAUCGAGCUAGAAAUUGAAGGAGAGAAUAUUUUAUUAGCCCGACAAGAGUUAGUUGAAAAUGACAGGGAAAGAAACAGAAAUAGGGAAGCAUUGACGGCUUAAAGGAAGAGAGCCAAGACUUCAAAAAGCAGCAUAGGUCUACCUUUCGAGUCGAUUAUGCGGGGUAUUGAGUCAAGACCAUUGGUGAAAGAGAUUUGUUCAACUUGUGGCAAUCAUGAUGUGAAGGAAACCAACUGGCUUAUGUUUCCAGGAACUGAUGUGUUUGCUAGUAUUCCAUUUCAUGCUGUCCAUACGAUUCUGGAGCAAGAUCAAAAUAAACUAGAUUAUGAAGCUAAGAAACUCCAAAGCUAUGUGAAGGAGAAGUCCUUUAGUCUAUCAGAAAAAGGAGUUCUUGCUGACAAGAUCAGCCCUGGCGUUCUUAGAUCUUUGGUGACCUUGUCUGAUGAUCCAAAAAAAACUGCCCCAACUGAAUGACUCCUUCAUUCGGACAUCUCCAGUUUGCUAACAACUGCUCAUUUCACUCUUGGCCACACCUUCCCUGUUUUUUGGCGGUUAUGACUAUUAAAUUCUUCAAAUUAGUACUCUCGAAACCCGUAUAACAUCUGCAUCAUGGCUCGAUAGUAUUGUAAUAUAUGGUUGCACAGUUUGUAUCUACGCAAUUUGAG